AUGGACGCUCUCAAGAACCUAGUCACCAACAUCCCCGACUGGCUCAAGCGACUCGACGAGCUUAAUGGCCAGAUCGAGCAGCGCCAGCAGGAGCUGUCCCAGGUGACGGACAGGAGUAGUGGGGCAUCCGGUGGCGAUUCCCGACCUGCCCGAUCGAUGAAGAACCGCGGCUCAACCGAGUCGCUGAAGCCUCGAGACGAGCCUGAGGCGCACCCCGGCGGCCCGCCGCCGCCGCUCCAAAACCCCGCCGCGCCGACGUCGAACCCGCUGGACACGUCGGCUGCCGCCGGCACCCAACAGCAAACCACCCCCUCCGACGCCCAACCGCCGUCUAGCCCGGCCGGUUCCAACACCCCCUCGGCACUUCAGCGGCAAACCAACCAGGUGAAAGCAGCUGGGCAGGCGCGGGCUCGCGCCACACUGCGGAAGCGGCAGCGGACCGAGUCGGUCAUCUCGGCCGAGGGUGCGACUCCCAAGUACCGCACGCGCAGCAUGAUCAUCGUGUAUUACGACAGCUAUGUGCAGAGCUUCUUCGAGGAACUGGUAAAGUUUGUCAGCGCGUCACGGAACAUGAUGCGCAAGGCCAAGAUGGCAGCCAAGGUCGCGCAGAUCAAGCGCCUGGCAGAGCUGGAGAUGCCGGACGAGGACGAGGACGAGGACGGGCAGGAGGACCAGAUCUACACCGUGGGGACAGCCGCCAAGGGGAUGCGUGUGGACCGCCCAGACGCGCCGGCCGCAGGCCAUGCUGGUGGCGGUGCGCCGCAGAUGUCGACAACCAUUGCACCUGAGGCUCCGCUCGAGGCUUCUCUGAUCCCCGAAGGAGACGACGAAGAUGGUGCGGCAGAACUUCCGGCCCUGCGCUAUGUCAGCACGCGGCGGAUGCAGACCAUCAGCCGGCAACCGAACGUCCCGAUGACGGCUACCGGACGGCAACUGCACGCUCCAGGGACCAAAUCUGGCUUCGGAAGCAGAGGCUCUUAUGGAGCCGCAGACCAGGGCCGUGACGUCUAUGAUGAGCUAGAUAAGGGGCUCGAGCAUGUCCAAGGCACGUGCGAGCAUGCUGCCCACCAAUUUUUACGUGACGGCGACUGCACCGAUGAGGUCACCAAGAUCCAGCGCUGGCUCGGCGAGACCAAGGAACUGGCCGUCAAGGAGAUGGAGAGGGCCCAAAAGGAGGGACGUGACGCGCAGAAGGCGUCUGAAGACCCCAUGAAGGGGAGGAGUUUUCGGCCCCCCAACAUGCGCCGCGACCACGCCGGAAGCUCUUCGGCCAAGGAAGCCAGCAAUGAGCUCGAGGUAGACGAGGCGAUUGACGACAUGGAUGAAGAGAUGACUAUGCCAAAGCUGGUGUACAAGAGUACGCGCAUGAUGCGAUGA